AUGGCAGAGUACGUGAACCUGCUGAUGGACACUGCUGGAAAGGACCUAUGGGACGUUUACCGUCGUCACCCUGCACUAGCUGUCCAUCCGUGGCAAGAGCUGCAAUCGAUCCUUUUCGGUUUCCUAAAGCCAGCCACCAAUGCCACACUCUAUACCUCCGUCAUUGCAGGUACAGGGGUCCAGUACAGCGCUUUCCGUGGGGCAAUUGCCACUGCAGAUUCACACAUUCACGAUCUCAGAGCAAUCCUUAACGGAAGUGGACUUGGGAAGUUCGAAGGCAUGCCGACCUGUGCUGGUUGGUUCGCAGUUGCUCUUCCUUCACGAGGGGUCUCUCGCGGACCAUCUGGGCCCUCUGGCUCUCCUACUGGAAACACUGAACAGGGCCCUGGGAAGCGGCCACGUGUUGCAGAUCCUGGAGACAACGACCGAAAGAAGAACCUGGGCAUGUUGAAGUUCGACACGGCCAUCGCCGGAACGAACCGGCUGCCUAUGGUGACUGCCAGAGCUAAGAAGCGUGGCGGUAGAACCCCUGAAAGACUAUGCAUGAAGUUUCUCACGCAAGGUUAUUUCUGCCCCAACGGGAACGAUUGCAAGAUGCCACAUGUAGUCAAUAUCGAUACCCUUACCGGAGACAACAAGUCCAAGCUGGUCGAGUUCGUUAAGAACCAAGCUGGUUUGUCCUGGGCCGAAGGAAAGGCCCCUGCUGGUGAGGUUUAG